UUGGUCACAUGUUUUCUCACUCUCUGUUCUGUGAUUGGUCAGAUCUGGCACCACUCGUUUUACAAUGAGCUGCGCGUGGCUCCGGAGGAACACCCCACCCUGCUGACGGAGGCGCCGCUCAACCCCAAGGCCAACCGCGAGAAGAUGACCCAGAUCAUGUUCGAGACCUUCAACGUUCCUGCCAUGUACGUGGCCAUCCAGGCCGUCCUGUCUCUGUACGCCUCGGGACGCACCACAGGUUGGACCACUCUCCUCUUCUUCUUCUUUUCUUUUUAC